CGUCCAGCAGCCGUUCCAUUGCCACCAUUGUUCCCGCUCCGAACAAGACUGCGACGCCCGCCGGAAGUCUUUAAAAUACCGACGCAGUGCUGCGCCAUGUUCGGCAUUCUCGCUAUACCGUUGCACUCUUCCGCGCUUAUUUAUUUUCUUGUCUAAUUGACCAUUAUAUCAGUGAAAAUGUUGAAGUUUGUCUUGUUAGCCUGCGUGAUCGGCUACGCUGCCGCCGGACAGUACGACCAGUUUGCGGAGUACACCAACGAUAAUCCCAACCGCAACAACAACCGAGGUUUGCGGCAGGACGUGUGCGACAUCACGCGGCCGGACAUCCUGGGUCCGUACUACAAGCCCAACGCGCCCAUCCGCCCGCUGGCGGUCAACGGCGACUGGGCCAGUCUGUGCUACAACGUCCCCGCGCACGACCGCCUCUUCCUCAACGGCACCAUCCGCCGGCUGCAGACCGGCCAGGGCUGCCAAGGACAGGCUGUCCGUGCGCUGAUGGACAUCUGGUCCGCCGACUUCAACGGCGUCUACAGCAACAUCAGUCCCCAGAGCCCCGACUACGGCUGCCGUCUGCGUAUCUACACCGAUAACAGCGGUUACUACCAGUUCGACAGCAUCUACCCGGGCCGCUACGACGACGGCGGCUACCGACCGGCGCACAUCCACUUCCGCAUCACGCCCGUCGACGCCAACAACCGCCCCGUCGGGCCCAUCUUCACCACGCAACUCUACUUCGCCGAAGACACGUACCUGGGCCCGAACGACUCCUGCCAGCGCUGCGGCUCCAGCAAUCCCUCGCAAAUCGCGCCGCUGCAGCACAACGGCGACUACAAGUCCUUCUUCGGCACCUGGGACGUCGUCCUCGCUGCUUAACAUCUGCAGACCGUCUAAUUUAUUCAAGAUACCGGGACUGUGCAGCGUACCGUCGAGCAUGACCUUCUGUGAUAAAUAAUUCAGUUAAUUAUUGAUAAUUAUUCUUUUUCGUAACGCUUUGCGUGCUCUUAGACUUCGGCUGACACUAUCCGUGCCGGUUAUUUGUUGCUACCGGCCGGCACUUCGUAGCACAUGUACAGACACAGUCAAUUAAAUGCUACUGGCAAUUUUUUAGUUCAUUUUUCCUAACAAGUUUUGGCUUGCAUUUCCCAUAUGUUAUAAUUAUGUCUACUUAUGACGAACUAGAAAAAAAGACUUUAUAUUAUA